AUGACCGUUGAUCAGCCUGAAUACCAAGGAACUUACCUGGGCAACCGAAUAACUCUUUCCAAAAUAGAGUUACCUAAUAAGCAUAUUGUAAACGGAAAUGAGUUUCCUUAUGCACUUGCCUUUAAUCACUCUGGAGAGCUCUUGGAUGAUAAGGUUGAAUUCUUGAAAGAAUUGGGUUCUAAUGGUACAGUCGAAAAGUUGUUAGCCAAACAUGGAGCUGUAUUGUUCAGGGGGGCAGGAAGUGGAUCUCCAGAAACGUUUUCAAAGUUGGUUCUGAGUGUGGAAACUGCCAGAGGCCUCAAACCAUACGAGCAAAUUGGUUUGGCUGGAAAGCGGAACUUGAGAGCAGAAAAUGUUUUCACCGCAAACGAAGGUCCCAAGACUAAGAGGUUCUACCAACAUAACGAGUAUUCGAGAUUCACUAUUUUUCCCAGUAACAUUCAUUUCUUCUGUCAAGAUGCUCCAAAAGUGGGUGGUGAUACUCCAAUUGCUCACUCCAUUGAAUUUUUCCAGAGGUUACAAGAACUUUACCCUGAAAUUAUUGAAAAACUCUCCCAAAAGAAGCUCAAGAGCUCCCAAUUCUAUCCUAGCAGAGAGGGUAAAAUUUCGUUUAAAGGUAACGAAUUUUAUUGGCAAGACAAAGAUGGGUUUGGACAUUUGAUCAAAGAAGGGGACUCUGAAGAAGAGAAGAGGCGUAAGGCCGAAAUUAUGGUUAGAAAGUUGACGUCCGACUUUGAAUGGGCUGAAGAUGGAGGAUUAUUGGUUCACCAGUAUGUUCCUUUUAUCAGAAUCCAUCCUGAAUCGCAACUUCCAACUUUCUUCAACACCCUCGUCGGAAGAUAUGGUGCUAAAAAAGAUGCUGGUGCAACCGAAUUUCCUCACGUUGGUACUGACGGAGGUUAUUAUGCACCUCUUGUAUACGAAGACGGUGAAGAAAUCGAUAAAGACUUGUUGGAAAAGGUUUUGCAAGUGUCGAUUGACCUUGAAUACAACCACGAAUGGCAAGAAGGAGACCUUCUUCUUGUUGAUAACAUCCAAGUGAGCCAUGGAAGACAACCCUGGUCGGAAGGAGAAAGAGUUAUCUUGGUCAGCAUGUGGGACAACGAUGUGAUUCCAGAGGUUUAUAAGGCUUAGUAAAGGUAAUAUAUA